AUGGCCCCAAACAUGGCCGGAAACUUCCCCGCGAUGGGCUGGAACGGAAACGACAUGAACCCCUUCAUGGCUGGCAUGUUCAAUUACCCGAACACGAUGGGUAUGCCCAUGGGGAUGGACCCGAUGGCAAAUCAGGGGAUGUACGGAAUGAACAUGACUGGCAUGGGCAUGAACACUGGGAUGAACUACAACGGGGGCAUGUAUGGAUCGUUAGGAUGGGACGCAUCCCAACAGAACAACAAUAUGUGGCAAGGCGGCCAAAAUAAAUUCAAUCCAAAUGCUUUCGCAAAUGGCACGGGUCCUCCUUAUGGAGGAGAAUUUGGCGGGUCUAAUAUGUCUGCUUACCCUUCUCAUUCAGACUACCAGUCCGGCUAUUACGGCGGUUAUGGUCGUGGUGGAUACCGAGGUCGCGGCCGUGGCCAGUUUGGCUCCGGUCGAGGUGGCUUUGGACCCAUGCAAGGUCAUUACCGUCAGGGUGCUAACUCAGGCUAUCCCAGCCAGAACCCAAACAUGGCUAAUGGUCCCAACGGUACUCCAAUGGAUGCUCAAGGUAAUAUCCAAACAAAUGAGACUCCAGAAUCAGGUGAAACCGCACCUGAUAUGCCGGGUAAUCUAGACGAUAUCCCGACAGAGGCCACAGAUCAACCCCAAGGAAUCCCCACCAUUGACAGCCUUGAUAAUCCCGUACCAACUGGGCCUGGAUACGGCCAUAUGAGUAAUGGGUAUGGCCAAUACAGGUAUGGCCGGUAUGGACAAGAGCGCGGGCCAGGCGUCGAAGGCGCUCCAGCUGCUCCGCGUGCCAUGCGGCAGGGGCUACCCAACACCAGCGUACUACGACAGCGCGGCUUCCAGAUUCAGGGCCGAGCCAGUAUUUCUUGUGAACCCACUGAGGACAAUCAGACAAGGGCUACAUCCAACGCCCCGUCCCAACGUGCGCAGUCUCGAUCUCGAUCUCCCUCACAGAUUCUAGCUUCUCGCCCCCGUUCACCAUCUAUCCAUGGUACUGAAGAUGACCGUGACAGUCGGCAUGGAACAGAAACUAAACGUCUAGAUCGGGUUGAUGAGUUACAAUGCAGCACCCGUCACUCUCGCUCUCCAUCCCGCACUUCCUCUCGUCCAUCUUCGCGACGCCGGCAUCACGACAGUGAUCGGGAGCGAGAUAGAAGAACCAGCCAUCGCUCACAUCGCUCCCGCCGUCACCGCACCCGUAGCCGCAGCUCAAAUCGAAAUGGCGAUGUCCGUCCCUCUGGUCGCCUAGAAAGGAUCGCAGAGAAAGACGGGUCUAAUGGCAGGACCAAAUCGUCCUCUGAAGCCCCAGAAUCGCGCGAUCUAGCAAGCCGAAUCAGCAACACCUACCGCUCUACCAAGGACAGGGGCAGCCGCCGCGAAGACGUCAGAUCACGAGAAAAAGACCGAGAUCUUCGCCGCCGAGAUCGCGACCGAGACCGCGACCGUCGUGGUAGAGACCGGGAUUCCGAUCGCGAACGUCGCCGUGAUGGCGACCGUGAUAAAGACAGGACUUCAGAACGCGACCGAGACCGACCAAGGGAGCGCGAUCGUGAUCGUGAUCGUGAGCGUGAGCGUGAUCGCAAGCGCUCUCGCCGCGAUCGAUCCCCGUCCGCCGCCGGCGGCGACCGUCCCCAAGCCCGUCGUGUGAAACGUGGCGAUGAGGACCGUAGUCGGGACACGAACGAAGUCUCAACCAAAAGAACCGAACCUGAUAAGGACCCUUACACUCUUGAGCGCGAAGCACGCAAUAAGGAGCGCCUUGAACGUGAACAGCAGCACCGUGAAAAGGCCAAGUCUGGCCGCCGCCGUGAUAGCCGGCAGGACCGUGUGGUGGCGGGCCGUCGCAUCAACUACAAGUAUGAAGAUGAACUCUGA